AUGUCCAAGUCUGAGCAAGCCUCAGAUCGCAAACCAGAUGUCAAGCCAGAUGUUAAGGCAGAUACGAAACCAGACAAAGCUGUGAAAAAGGGGUAUAGAAACCCAGCGUUGCGCAUGAUGGGGAUCAAAAGAAUCUCGCUACCUUCACGUAACUGGAUGAUUUUCUGGUCCGUGUUAGUUGGGAUCGGCUCCUCGAUUGCGUAUGACAAAUACGAACAGAAACAAAUACGGAAGAAAUGGAUGGCAAGUGUGCAGCACCUUGGAGAAGAGAUAUAUGGCAUUGAUCGAAUUCCGCGCAAGUUGACCAUUUACAUUGCGCCUCCUCCCAAUGACUAUCUCGACGAGUCGCUUAAAUUGUUUAAAAAAUUCAUCAAACCCGUGCUCAAUUCUGGAACAUUGGACUUUGAGAUUUUCAGCGAGAACAGACAGGGGGAUAUCAGAGCGAGUGUGGCUCAAAGAAUCCGAGACUUGAGAAUCAAAGAGGCCAGCAAAGGAGGAGCCAAAGAGAGUUCAAAUAUUGCUGAGCCUGAGCCUGUCACUGCCCAAAAAGUGCCAGCUGCUAAUGUUGACAUGAUUGACACGGAACUAAAGGCCCGGUCUCUGUUAUACAAGGCAGCAGACGUGUUGGGAUUGUAUAGAAUCUUCCCCAAGGAAAUCGAGAUAACUCGCGACGAUUCAAACGAUGAUGUCCCCGGUGGGGUAAUUUGCAUUGGCAGGGGUGCUUUCAAAGAGUACAUUAGUGGAUUGCAUGAGGGACUUCUUGGCCCACUAGUCAAGCCCGAGGCCGUCGCGGCUGAAGAAGAGAGACGAGCCAAAGAACUUGCGGAGAAAGCCAGUGGUGCACAAGGCGGCGAUGACGAUGACGAUGAAGCCAAUUUGAAGCCAGUGCCCAUGAUGUACAUCAGUGGGAAAGGGUACCAGGAUGCUCCACUUGCCCCCGAGUUUGACAUGAGCACCACCAUCAAAAACGAGCAUGGUGUUGCACAAUUCUUUGAGCAGCCAAUCUAUGUAUUUCCCGUUCCCAAAGUCCAAGGAAUCUUGAACAUUCCAACCAAGAUAUACCGAUACUUCACCAAGAGAUUUCUCGCAGACGAUUUUGGAGAUCGAACGAGCCACAUUGUAAAUAGGGAGACGAGGCCGUUUGUAUAUAAGGACAUCUUGAUGGCAAAGGAAGAAGAGAUGGAUUGGCCUCGUAAAUGGGUGCAAAAGGGAGUUGAAAAGGGGUCGGAAUGGGUUCAGGAGUUGGAGUAUGACGACCGAGUCAUUUCCCGAUUACGAGUCUUUGAUGAUAAAAAGUGA